AUGGCGAGCGGGCCGAACGGGGGAGGCAAUGGAGGCGAAGGCGGCGGCGGCGGCGGGCUGAUGAAGAACAUGAGCCUGCUGCGGCUGCAGUACUACUGCGUGCUGGGGGCGGUGGCCGGGGCCGUCCUGUUCGCCAUGCUCCGCUACGUGGCGGCCGCCGGCAGCGGCGUGGCCCUCUCCACCAGCUCCGCCCUCGCCACGGCGGCGGCGCCCGCCGGGGCCGGUGAGCACCGGAAGAGCAAGGGGAUGGCGCAGGCGCCCACGAAGGCGACGGCGAAGGUGGCGACGAAGCCGAAGGAGGUGGUGGUGUUCAACUUCGGCGACUCCAACUCGGACACGGGCUGGGUGGCGGCGAUAAUGGGGAUCCGCAUCACGCCGUCGAAGGGGCGCGCCUUCUUCCACCACCCCACCGGCAGGCUCUCCGAUGGUCACGUCGUCCUCGACCCGCACUGUGCUGUGGUGCUCCAUCUAGCUCGCCUUUUCGCCUAG